CACGAUUUUGAUUUCGAAAGAAAGAUCAGCCCUGUGAAGGAAAGAAAGCAAAAUGGCAUCCACAAGUUCGCCACCUGUCCUCCACUCCUUCUCAAUCCGCUGUGUGCGCAAUGCGCACCCUGGACUAUCUGCCAAGGCGCCGCUGGUUUCUCUCCCGAACCGGAGACAGCUUCUGUUCUUUCUGACAACAACGACGGCAUUCACAGUUAAAGAACCGGUGUCGAAUGCGGAGGAUAUUCCGUUGUUCGGUUUAAGGAAGAAGUUAAAGAGCGCAGAGGAGGAAGCGGUGGAGAUCGUGAAGGAAGGGUUCGAGACGGCGGAGAAAGGGCUGGAGACAGCGGAAAGAGGGAUCGUUACGGUGGAGAAAGGGUUGAAGAUGGCGGAGAAGGAGAUCGAAACAGCGGAAAAGGAGAUUGAAAGUGCUGUUAGUUUUGGCGCGUUUGCUCAGGCGGGUGCUGUGGCGGGAGCCGAGUUUCUGGGCGUUGUGGUGGCUACUUCUAUUGUUAAUGGAAUUUUAGGGCCUGAGUCCAAAAAAUCUUGAUUUUCUUGUAUGUUUAAUUUGGUUUAAGUAUUUUUGAUAAUCAUAUUUGUUAUUUAUUCUUGUUUUA